CGUUUGAUGUUUGAUUGAUGCUGAGCAGAAUUUCCGACUAAUGCCCUAACCCGAAUUCGAAACCCCUCUUUCAUCUCUAGUUCCUCGUCCCGUUGGCGAGGACAAACGAACAGGCCGCAUGCACGAUGGCAUUGCACAUUUCAGAUAUUUGACUCUGGCUGGAGCUCUCUCUCUCACCCAACGCCGGUGCAUCCUGGAUCGUCUGAUAUGUCCGACAAGACGAGAGCCCCUCACGGCUCUCCGAUUAGCUGGACGAGUCGACUGGCGUUCGUGAGGGCUGGCGGCGCGGAGACGGGCCUCGGGAAUGGUGAGACAUGGAAACGUCUUGGCUUGGUUCCCGAGGCGUGGCAGCCCGGGCUUUAGGUUCUCCAUUAUACGUUUGGCCCGUCGGUUCGACAGGGCCAGGCGCUGGUCCUGGUAUUUACUCUCCUCUGUGCCCUCAGUGGUGGUGAGGCGCGCAAAGAUGCACAAGUCAAGCCAUGAGUGGCAUCCCAGCCAGGGGCCCCUCUGCCCCUCGCAACAACUUGAAGCUCUUCCGCUCUCCCCGGCCUGGGUUGCGUUGGUCGGACAUGAGCGUCUGGACUGUGCUGUUUGUCGAACCAGGGAUCGCCGCCCACACGAGCGCCUUGUAAACCGAGUGCCCCGCACUUCGGCAAUUGAGACGCCUUCGUCUCCCAUGCAUGUACACUGUAGGUGGCAUCGGGCGCAAAUGAUCAUUAUCGCGCCUCUCUUUAGGGUCGGGUCUGGGAAUGGCGGCUUGCUGGUGGCGUCCGGGUCCGGUACGGCGCGGUGCCCGCACGUGGCGAAGGAUAAAGAUGGAGCUGGCCGGGCAUCGUCAUCCGGGAGAUGCCAAUCGUUACCCUACCGAGCAAGCGCGUCGCCAGCGCUCCGGGUAUGGAUACUUCGUACAGACCUACGCCUUAAUUCCAUUCCCGCGAGGCGGGCUAGGGCACGCACAGGUCCCAGCUUACCCAGCUAGAACGACGAGUGCUGCAUCUUGGCUCCAACCCCCCAGGCCAAAGUUUCUCUGCCGUGCAACAUACGAAUCCGUAUGACGGCGAUCUGGAACGUUGGACAGGCGGGAGGGAGAUUCAUGUGCGCUUGGACGCGGGAAUAUCCAGUCUUCCCGUUGGUCUCAAAGCAAACCAAGUGGCACAUCUAGCCGUGCGGUAGGCUGCGCUCCGGGCUCUUAGUUGCGGCUAUAGCCUCAAGGCUGUUGGAACAA